CAGAUAACGAGCAGCAGGUCCAGCGAGAAGCAGCGCGUGGGUCACGGGAGCCGAGGGGAGCGCAUCAAGCGCCAUGGAUCACAUCGGGAUCCUGGGGGCGCAUCUGCAGCAGCACGGGCACGUGGAGCCCAUCAGCUUCGGCAUCGACCAGAUCCUGAGCAACGUGGAGCAGAGCUGCAUGCUGGGCUCGAGGAUGCCGGAGCCGGACUACGGUCACUCAGCGUACAACGGCGGCGCCGGGGGAGUGGGAGGCUUCGCGUGCGGCGGCGGCGGCGGAUACAACAGUACCGCCGGCGGCUCGUGUGGGAUGACGUCUCUCGGGGGAGCUUAUCACAUGAACAUGAGCGUGAACAUGAACGGGACUAACAUAAACUCUUCCGGGGUCAUCCGCGUCCCCGCGCACCGGCCUCCUCUCAGCUGCGGCGGAAGCUCCGCGGUGCCGCCUCCCGCUAGCGGCGGCGUCGGCGGCAACCUGAGUGCGCUCACCUUCCCGUGGAUGGAGAGCAACCGGCGCUACACCAAAGACAGGUUCACAGCCGCUUCUCUCCGCUCACUGUCUUCUUCCUGUCUUUCACCCUGCGUGUCCCGCUCUGCUCUCCUGUCCCUUCCUGACCACCGUCCCCGUGAAGUCUCUCUCUCACCCCUCACUGUCACGCGCCGUGUAGGUCACCCGUACCAGAAUCGCACUCCGCCGAAGAAGAAGAAGCCGCGGACGUCGUUCAGCCGGCUGCAGAUCUGCGAGCUCGAGAAGCGCUUCCACCGGCAGAAGUACCUGGCGUCUGCCGAGCGCGCCGCGCUGGCCAAGGCCCUGAAGAUGACCGACGCUCAGGUCAAAACCUGGUUCCAGAACAGACGCACCAAGUGGAGACGGCAGACGGCGGAGGAGCGGGAAGCGGAGCGGCAGCAAGCCAACCGUAUCCUCAUGCAGCUGCAACAGGAGGCCUUUCAGAAGACCAUCAACCAGCCGGCAGCCCCCGACCCACUGUGCCUGCAGAACAGCUCCCUGUACGCCCUGCAGAACCUCCAGCCGUGGAGUGAGAACACGGCAAAGAUCAGCAGUGUGUCAGCCUGUGAGUGAACCUCUAGCUCUUCGUCUCUCCUUCGGGAUCCAGUGACUGCUGCGGUGUGGAGGAGCGACCCGACGCCUGCUGAGAACAUCAUGCCGUUGGACGUCCUGCCGUUGGACAUCCUGCUGUUGGACGUCCUGCCGUUGGACAUCCUGCCGUUGGACGUCCUGCCGUUGGACUCUAGUUCAUGGCCUUUGCUCUUUCUGUCUCACAGACACCGGUGCUGUUUGUUGAUGGGCUCUCCCUGCACUUCUCCCAUCAAAUGGGGCCCACACGACGACAUGUUGUGUUAUUAUUAUUGCUAUUAAUAUUCUUUACAUGAGGGACUUUUAAAAAAGAUAUUUUUAUAAAAGUUUAUACGACUGACUGAAUAGGGCUUUGUCUUAGAGCGACAUGCUUAUUUAUCGGCCUUCUUUAAUCGACUUUUUAAUCGACUGCAGAAUAACAAAGCACUUGUUUCAACAAUCUUUUAGAAAGAAAGGGAUGUAAUGCGAUCAAUGGAGAUUCUCAAUCUUGUUAACCGCGCGUUUAAUUUACCUUCGAAUCAACAGCUGCAACCUGGAAAUGAUGUUGUGUUAACCUGUUGAAACAAAACUGUUGAACCUGUUCCAUCAAAGUCUUCGCUUACGGUUGUGCUGUGUGACCCGGUGGGUGGCUGAUGACUCUUAGCAAUAAAAACUAACAGUAAUAAGUUCCUCAGCACGUACAGACAGGCAUUGCAGCUACCACUAGUUUUUACGCGUGCAGCAGCCAUGUUGGAUUUAUGGGUCGGUGUCCCAUAAAUCCAUUCUUAAAUUCUUAGUUUUUCUCUCUUUUUCUUUUUUUUUCUGUGUUGGAAUGUUUGAAUUCUUUGUCAGAAAAAUCAGCUGAAAAAUUGAACAAAUCAAAUAUUUUUGAUUUGGAAAAUUGGAGGUUUCCAUCAACCUCCCACUGACCGCCAUCUAAAAAUCCAAUAUGUUUCAAUAUGGGUGCUGUGCUCAUACAACACAGUGAUAGAUGCAGAAAGAAGCUGUUUAUUUGUGUUUAUAUCGCUAAAUCAGUCCCCUUUCAGGAUAUAGCACAGCCCUUAUAUAGCACAGUGGACCCUUUGUGUUUGUGGGAGUUUGGGAUCGCAACCUCCUCCUAACAGCUGAAAUCCACUAAUACUUGAGACUGUUUAUUUUAAUAAUUGCAACACCAAUUAUAUCUCAUUAAUGUGCACAACACAAACCAUUUUAGCAGACAGUAACAUCUGCAGCCUUCCUUUUCUCUGCUGUUGAGGGUCAGUCCCAGCAAAAGUAAAUGCCACUCCUGGAUUGGCUGUUUUGCAAAUGCCAGCCAAUAGCAUGUCAAGUAGAAAUGGGCAUAGCCAUUUCAGCUUCCCAAAGAUGCAUUUUUUCUCUGUGUUGUAUAUCGAAUGUUUUCGAUAUGCUGCAAUGGACUGGCGAUCUGUCCAGGGUGAACCCAGCCUCUCACCCGCUGACUGCUGGACAUAGGCACCAGCACCCCUGGCAACCUCCAUUAGGGAUAAGAAUGUAAGGUAAUGGAUGGAUGUUAGAUAUGUUCUACAAAAUAAUUUUUCAAUAAUUAUCUGGAGUUACAUUCCACAGAACAAUUCACAAAUAAUGAACCACAAAUAGGCAGGGUUCCACUGUAUGCUACUGCUGUGGUUCAGUUUAGUGAAAGUGUAGAAAUAGAUAAUCGGUAGUUUGUAUUGCUAACAGAAGUUAGCUUGGUCACCCAGCACAACAAGCAGCGAAUCGCUGACCUUCAACUGGAGCACACCUAUGCAGGAUAUGACCUCAUUCACUGAUAAGAGUUUCAACUUCCAUGGUAACCGCAACGCCAUCAGGAAGUGCUGAGAUGUACACAUCAAAAUGACCAGCUUCAGUGGUCACUCUAACUGAUAUCUCCAGACUGGAUCAUGGACCAAACGUCCCAGUACAAGUAAGACACACCAUAAAAAACACAACAUAAAUGGUGAAAUGUAAUAUAUUGCACUUUGUCUAAAUGAUGUAUUUAAAUGCAAAUUACCACAA